AUGACGAAACGACUCAAUUUGCCAUAUACGACGCAAGAUCUAUUUCCUCAAUCGUCCCCCUCUGCAAAACAUGGAUCAGUCCGAGCCGGGUCAAUUGCGUCAACCCCCUCAUCGCUAUAUAUCCCGCGUCCAACAUUCCAGCACAACUCCACGUCUUUCAAGUUCAAGAACAAAUUCAAAAAUGUGAAAACAAUGGUCAAGAGACUAUUCAAGCCCAGCACGUUGGAUUUUGAAACGGCAAUAUGGGAGAUUUUCCAUCUAAUCAUUAAUCCAAAAAAGAUGUACCGUUCACAUUAUUACUAUCGGCAACUGCAACAACAUCCCGAUGGGAAAACUUCAUACACAAGAGAUGAUCCGUCUUUUCUUAUUUUAGUAACGGGGUUUCUAUCUGUGAGUGCCAUUGCAUGGGGGUUGGCUUACUCGCCCACCAUUUUGGACAUCUUUAAAUUGGUUUUGUACAUGGUUGUUGUUGAUUUCUAUGUCACGGGUUUCAUAAUUGCAACGGUGACGUGGUUGGCAACCAAUAAGUUAUUCAACUUGGAAGUGGGGUUAAACAAGUACAGCGCCAACUAUAUCGAAUGGGGGUUCUGUUUUGACAUUCAUUGCAAUUCAUUCUUAAUCAUUUGGUGUUUGCUCUAUGUUGUCCAGUUUGUUCUAUUACCUAUAAUCCGAAUGAAGAAAUCAAUAAUAGCGUUGAUUUUGGGAAAUUCGCUAUAUUUUGGUAGUAUUGGGUACUACUUUGUCGUGACGUUUUACGGGUUCAACUCAUUGCCAUUCAUCUCGUCAAAUGUUGUCAAACUGAAUGAUCGAAAUCCCGCCAGAGUAUUACAAUUGAUUGUCGUAGCUGGUAUUUUACCACUUUUGGCUAUUGCAUGGCUCGUCACACUCCUAUUUAGAGUCAACGUUGCUGACAAAUUGGUUGAAUCCUACUUCAACUAG